AUGGCGUCUACCGAGGCUACUGAUGACCAGGCUGCGGGGGAAAGCUCUGUCGUUUCCCCCACGCGCCAACCUACUAACGUUUCCGGCAAAUCCAAUGGGUCAGGCAAUAGCGAGGAACCUCUGGCUAAAUACGACUUCGACCAAUGCGUCGCGGCAAUGAAGGGGCAAAAAGUCCCGGUCGAUUUAAGCUCUUUUUGGCAUCGGAGAGCAGUCAUCCGCGGGAUUCGAAUUUCACUCAAGUUUGCAACAAGCCCGGCAGUCAUCGAGCUAUGCUCCGGCGACGAUAGUUGGGCUCAUCAGUUUUCGCGCGCCCGCAAUGCCCGCCUGAUAAUGAGUGACAUAAUCCCCGAUAUGCAAGACCCUGUCACCCAGCCAUACUGCAUUUGGUAUCCAGAACCUGCAUCGGAAGAAACCUACCGUGAGGUCGCCCGUCGAUAUCCAUCUAUGCGGUAUCAAGUCGGCCGAGCAUGUGCUGCUGCGUGGUAUACCGACCUUUACCAAGAAUUGGAUCUCCUGCCGGACGUAUCCAUUGCUGAAGAAGCCCGCGAAGUUGACGAAGAUGCCGACAUCUACAAGAUUAUCAUGUCGGCCCCUCAAAGAUACGCUGUCAUGGACGAUUUCACUCGAUCUGUUAAUUUUGAAAGUCCACAAACACCCGCGUUUUUGAAUGGCAAUAUGAAGCCCCGACGGGCUUUGGGACAGCGUGCUCUCCCUCCCAAAAAUUUGCCAGACACGACUGCAGAUGACAUUGACAUUGAGGAAGAUGGAUUCAUUGGCUUGGAAAGUCUCGGCUUAGAGGAUUGCGAUGCCAAAUUUGGCCCAGGAGAUUCCGAGCAAUUGUGGAUGCCUCUUCCGCCUGACCUUCCAGUUCUUGAGAAACGCCUUCAAACGCAAAUGGCCGCGUGGGAUGGCAAUGUAGAUAGAUACGCUCGAUUAAUGCACCCACGCAGGCUCAGAACCGAGAUUGAAUACAAUUGUAUUCUUCGUGGAAUUUAUCACAAUACAGCUUUCGCCAGAUGGUGGGCCUAUCAGCUGGAAACCCACCCCGGACGAAUCAUCCUCCCGGGUAAAUUGCUUAGCGAAGGCAACAAGCGCGAGUGUCGGGAGAUUCGCACCGCGAUCAAUGCUCGCAAAAUAAUGAACAAUGAGAUCUCUGGCAUUGACGAUGGCUCGGAUUGCCUCCCCUGGCUUAUCUGGUGGCCGGUGAAGCCUCAACAUAGCACUUGUGAUGAGCUGGCUCGAAAGUGUCCGUCCAUGAGACACCAAAUUGCGAUCACUUGUGUGAUCUGUGACUAUGAAGAACUAUUCCAACAGUUGAAGCCCCCUCCUCUCGAAUCCUUGUUCGUGGCUGCUAAACGAAGCGAAAACCCAUUCUACCUAAAAUACCUAGAGGAAUGUGCAGGAGGGCGUUCCAUCGAAGACCCCGAAAUUUCAGACUUCAAUGACUUUGAUGCAAUAGAAUCAAGUUUGAAGAUUGAUUUGGAGCCCAGAAAUUCUGACGCUUAUACCUCUAUCGAAUUUUCUCAUAUAUAUGUCCCUUGGGGGGAACCUCCCAGAGACUACUCGGGAUCCCCUCCCGGUAUCUAUGGGGGCCUGCCUGCGCAAGCGGGAAGUGUAGAGAGAUACAUGUGGCUGUCGCCUGAAACUGGACAGAAGAUUAAAGAUGAAUUUCACGGGGUCUACCAGUCAGCGGAUACUGACCUCUUGCAUUUUGAUAGAGAUUUGGAUGAUGAAAUUUGGCUGAGGGCUUCACGUCCUCCACCGCCUAUGACGUGA